ACGGAAGUCUCGCGCAUACUCGGCAGCCUCAGAGGCGCAACGAAACAGCGACUGGAGCGACGAGAAGGGAACCGACUGCCCUUUGGCUGAGCUGAACUAUUUGGACGAAAGAAGCGGCGGUUACUAAAAUGACCAGAGGAAACCAACGUGAGCUCGCCCGUGCGAAGAAUGCCAAAAAAAGUACUGACAGUGGUAGAGGGAAGAGGGGCGACGAUGGGCUCUCUGCUGCUGCUCGGAAGCAGAGGGAUGCCGAGAUAAUGCAACAGAAGCAGCAAAAGUCGGCUGGAGGAGGGAAAGAAGAAAAGAAGCCACCAAGUCCGAGUACAGAAUGAAGUCGGGAGACAAAUUCAACUCAGUGCUUCAAUAACAUCCCAUGUUUAGCAUUCUCCCUGAUAUUUAUAAGAACGGUCAUUUUUAUCUAGCCUCAAGAAUCUAGGAUCCUACAUUCUUCCCCUUGGCAAAUGACAUCGCUUGUUGGAUUUCUAUUUACUUUUGUCUGAGCAAGUUAACGCUUGUCCCACGUUGGUGCUGCAUGCAUAGAAGCAUCAGUGGUGUAAGCAGCAGCAGCAGCAGGAGAAAGAAGAACAAUUCUUGACACGAGCACCUACGUAACAGUUGUGUAUUUUUGUACAAAAAUGUCCCCUGCUGGUUUCAAAUAAAGUGUAUCUUUUUA